UCUUCUACUCCAAACCACUUCAUUCAACAAACCACCAAUGGCCACCACUUCCCACCACCACUCCGCCGAUCACGGCGGCGCCACCAUACAAACUCCACCACCACCACUUCCCAAUUUCCUCAAUAGUGUCAAACUAAAAUACGUCAAACUAGGAUACCACUACCUCAUGUCCCAUUUCCUCAUCCUUUCUCUCCUCCCUCUCAUCACCAUCACCACCCUCCACCUCUCUCGGCUAACCCUCGACGACGUCGAAAACCUCUACAUCCACCUCCAAUACAACCUCAUCACCUUCACCGCCUUAUCCGGCCUCAUCGCACUCGCAUCAACCGCAUAUCUCAUGUCCCGACCCCGAACCAUUUUCCUUGUGGACUACUCUUGCUACCGCGCCCCAGACCACCUAACCGUCCAAUUCGACCGCUUCAUGGCGCGCUCUAAACAAUACGGCGAGUUCAACGAAUCCGCCCUGGACUUCCAACGGAAGAUCCUGGAGCGGUCUGGGCUCGGCGAGGAGACUUAUCUCCCCGCCGCGCUACAUAAAUUACCGCCAGCACCGUCUAUGGCUGCAGCGAGACAAGAAGCGGAGGAUGUUAUGUUUGGAGCGUUGGAAAAUCUGUUUAAGGUUACGAGAAUAAGUGGGAAAGAUGUUGGGAUUUUGGUGGUGAAUUGUAGUCUAUUUAAUCCGACUCCUUCUUUGUGUUCGAUGAUUGUGAAUAAGUAUAAACUGAGGGGGAAUAUUAAGACGUUUAAUCUUGGUGGAAUGGGGUGUAGUGCUGGGGUGGUUGCGAUUGAUCUUGCUAAAGAUAUGUUGCAAGUGCACCGGAAUUGUUAUGCGGUUGUUGUUAGUAUGGAGAACAUUACUCAGAACUGGUACUUUGGAAACAGGAAAUCAAUGCUUAUCCCUAACUGCCUAUUCCGAGUCGGGGGUGCGGCUAUCCUAUUAUCAAACAAGCCCAGCGAUAAACGCCGGGCCAAAUACAAGCUCCUUCACACCGUCCGAACCCAUUGUGGUUCGGACGACACCGCAUACAAGUGCGUCUACCAACAACAAGACGAAACUGGAAAAGUCGGCGUCUCACUUUCCAAAGACCUAAUGGCAAUCGCGGGGGGCGCAUUAAAAGCCAACAUCACCACCCUAGGCCCGCUCGUGCUUCCGAUAAGCGAACAACUUUUAUUCUUCGCCUCCCUAAUCAUGCGAAAAAUAACCGACUCGAAAACAAAACCCUACAUUCCCGAUUUCAAGCUUGCGUUCGACCACUUCUGCAUUCAUGCAGGCGGGCGGGCCGUGAUUGACGAGCUGGAGAAGAACUUACAGUUGUCCGAGGAACAUGUCGAGCCGUCAAGGAUGACGUUAUAUAGGUUUGGGAAUACAUCAUCGAGCUCGAUUUGGUAUGAGUUGGCUUACACGGAGGCUAAAGGGCGCGUUAAGAAAGGUAACCGCGUUUGGCAAAUAGCUUUCGGUAGUGGCUUCAAGUGUAACAGCGCUGUUUGGGAAGCCGUUCGAGCCGUGAAGCCGUCCGAGAGUAAUCCGUGGGCUGAUUGCAUACAUAAGUUCCCGAUUGAAAUAAGUGUUUGAUUAUUAAAUUUCUAAGAAUAAUAUAUCUACAUUUAUAUAAAAUAUUUAUGUGUGUAUAUAUUUAUGAAAGGAAAAGAGACAAAUAGU